AUGGCAGCUGAGAUGCGGUGUCAUGGACAAUGCCAAUUCGGGGUGAACGAAGAACACUUAAGGGAAGCCAUGAAGAUACCAAAGUUGUUCUACGCUUUUGCAGUGUUUACAUGUGCUGCUAUUUAUGCUGUAUAUGUAAAAUGGAAUUUGGACUUUAAAACAAAAGAUGCUGCUCUUGAUUUGGAGAACCAGCUCGACAGGGAGUCAUCACAAACAGAUCAGUCAGUUUUUUAUGGAAUCAUGUUUGAUGCUGGAAGCACAGGGACCCGAGUACAUGUAUUCAAGUUCUCACAGAAACCAAAAGAAAUUCCUAAACUAAUCCACACCACAUUUAAAGCGCUGCAACCAGGACUUUCUGCCUAUGCUGAUGAUGCUGAUAAGGUGAAGGAUGUGUUUCAAGAGUCUCCAUUUUUGGUAAGCGAUGAUUGUGUCUCCAUAAUGGAUGGAACAUAUGAAGGCAUCUCAGCAUGGAUUACUGUCAAUUUUUUAACAGGUCGCUUAAAUGCUCCAGGCAAGAAAUCUGUAGGAAUGCUGGACCUAGGAGGUGGAUCAAUUCAGAUUACAUUUCGGCUAAGCACUGAGACAACUUUGAAGAGGUCAUCUACUGAUCGUAUCACUUCCUUUCAGCUGUUUAACAGCACAUACCAGCUAUAUUCAUACAGUUACUUGGGACUUGGAUUGAUGUCAGCAAGACUGGCCAUUUUAGGAGGUGUUGAAGGAGAAGCCUUAAAAGAAGGUGAAAUACUAGCAAGCCCCUGCUUGUCACCCGAUUUCCAAGGCGAGUGGGAGCACACCAAGAUAAUGUACAAAAUAAAAGGGCAGAAGGCAGAAAUGCCUCUCUUUGAAUCAUGUUCAGAUGAAAUAGCAAAAUUGCUCAGCAAGAAGGUUCACGAAACAGACGAAGUAAAGGAUUUGGAUUUUUAUGCUUUUUCCUAUUAUUAUGACUUGGCUGUGGAUGCUGGUUUAAUAGAUGGUGAAAAAGGAGGGACCCUGGCAGUCGGUGACUUUGAAACUGCUGCAAAGAAUGUGUGCAAAUCCAUGGAGGUUCAACGAGGAGAACAUCCUUUUCUCUGCAUGGAUCUCACCUAUAUCAGUUUGCUGUUGGAAGAGCUAGGUUUUCCAAAGAGCCAUACUCUUGCGCUUGCUCGAAAGAUCAACAACACUGAAACCAGCUGGGCCCUGGGAGCAAUCCUUCAUUACAUGGAUUCACUUCACAAGUUGCAAUAUUAGGGCUUUUAGGGUCAGUGGGUGGUAGCAAAAGUGGGAGAAUAUGACUCCACAGCUCUGGAGAAGUUACAGAAAUAUAGUUCUGGUCAAUUUGUCAGACGGGAGACUACUGUAAGCCCUGGUCCCUGGUAUUACGAGUAAAUUACUACUUACACAAUGCUACUAACAGAAUAAAGAACAGGAUAUUUGAUACACACAAGGAGAGCUUUCUCUCUCACACACACACACACACACAAGUUUUGGCCUAUUUCUGCAUGGAACUCUAGAACUCUGGUGCUUUAACUUUGGGAGAUUAACAUAACAUUAUCUCUGUGAUCACACAUCCUUUUAACAAUAUCUGUCAAAAAUAAUUGGUAUUGUUCUGGAAAACUAUAGGCCCUGGCAGCUUAAACCAAGACACCAUACCAGAGAUUAAACUGGAUGAAUGUAAAUACAAUCUUCUGAUUUACAAUGAGAAUUUGGUCAUAUUCUCCAAUUACCUUGUAGUCUCUGUGAGAACAGCACACCAAACAGACCUUGGCCCUUAACAUUAGCAUAAUGACGCUAGUGUCAGAAAUAAAUGCAACGUUCUGAAUUUUCUUUGAUUUCUUUUAAUGCUUGUUAACUAACUUGAUGUCUGCUUUGUAACACUGGUUUGGUCAGUCAGACUCUUGCUAAUAUGUAUUGCAACUUGCCAUUCAAACACUGGGUUGUCGGUUCUUGAGAAGCUCCACCAUUAAAGUGCUGUACUGGGUUAUUUUGAAGGUGGGUUAAAGGCUUUCUUUAUAAGCUGAAGUCAGCUGGAGUUUUUCCAUUGACUUUGGCAUAAUUUUUUUAUCUUGUGGUGCUAACAAAUCCUGAAUGUUAAGAGGCAUCUGAUUGAAGGCACGAGAGCGCUAUGUAUAGAGCUUGGGAAAGUUGUUUUUUUUUUUAACUUUUGGCACCCAACUCCCAGAAUUCUCCAAUCAGAACAGCUAAUGAACUCUGGUGCUGGUGGCCAUGAUUUCUAGAGCGGAGACUCUAGGUCUUGAAAUCCAAAAAGGUAGCUUUUCCAACUUCUCAUCAGGUAUCCGCCUUCUGCAGAUACCUGUGUCUUCAUGUAUCUCACAGAUACAUAGUGGCUGGGGCAGGUAUCCUAAUGUAUAAAUGGCUCCUAGAUGAGUCCUCAGUCUUGAGCUUGUAUCUGAAACCUCUGGAGGUAAAUAACCCAGAGUAUAAAAGAGAUAUUAAAGGAAUUAGAUUAUCUAUUGGCAAGUUCUCUUUAAAUAUCAAAACAGAAUACUGCCUCUUAAAAAUAUAUAUGUGAGACUCUUUGGAUCUGGAUUUCAUUCUGCUUAUGGAAUGUAGAGCUUUGUGCCUUGUUUUUUUUUUAGUCUGUCUCAUGAUGCCACACAGAACCCAUUAGCUAGGGGGUUAAGCCAGUAGCCAAAUACCAUACGUACAUUAGCCUGGCUGAUAGAUCUAGUCAAGACAGGGAGUUGGAAGUCAAUUUCUAAUAUGAAUAUCUCUCUGGAUUAUUAGUUAAUUGUGUAGUGUAAUUGCAUUACUCCAUGCAUAAUUUCCUAAUGGUCCAGGCACUUCAUUUCCCUUCCUUCUUUCUUCCCAUUCAUUGACACCCAUUCUCACUUCCGAGUGGCAUAAUGAAUUGUUUCUUUCUUGCCAGAAUUGCCAACAAUUCUAACAUUUCAAGCAGGCGGUUAAACAGCAUAGAUGGAAUUUUGCUAAAAUACAGUAUCCAUAGGGAUCAAACAGCCAAAUUGUUGGGGGCACAGCGAAAGCCAGAUUGGGCUUUACAAUUACUCACUGAUCUUUACAAUUAUUCACUGAUGGAUGAAACACUGGGUCAAGAGAGCAAGCAGAUCUCUCAUAGAACGUAUUCAUCACACAAAGUCUUGUGCAGAUAGCGCCCCCAUGCCUGUAUCUAUCAUCCGAUGCUUUCCUUCCCAUUUUCCUACCCCAAAAUGGCCUGUUUGUUUGCUAUGCACAUUUGCAUCCAUUUCACUAAGAAUGGUUAUAUUUUUCUGGAAUGCUUAGGUAAUACUUGGUGGGUUCUGAAAGGAAUCAGCUGCAUGCACUUCUUGCUUAAUUUACUUUCAGAUUGUAUGAGUCUUUAGCGUUAUAUAUAUAUGUAAAUUUGAUAGGGAAUUGGGAGGUUUACAAAUCUUCUUGGGCUACCAAGGGGAACUCCUUUAAAAAUGUUCUUGAAGUGCCACUUCAUAUGAACAUUGUCUGCUUUGUGAAUAAUUGAAUGUAUCAUUGAUGCACUGAGCAAGGGUUAUAGAAAACUGGCCAAGAUUCAGGGCAAAAGCAUGUGUGAUUGUGUGUGUAUGUGCAUGUGUGUGCCUCACUAGGUACCUUGUUGGAUGUUUUUAAAGGGUGUCUGCCGCAAAGGAAGACACUUGUUUUGUCAGAACUGCAACAUGUUGCCGAUGUUGCCAUCCCAAUGAAAAGCUGCCCUCUCUGUUGCUAAGAGCUCUGCAGGUGGGGAGUAACCCUUGUGCUUUUGCUAGAGCUUUUCAGCUAACACAAGGUGGAAGAGGAUGAGGACUGCAGUGGGAGAGGCAGGACUUAACCAUUUCCUCCUUGUCUGCUGCCAAAUUGUGCCUGCUGCUAUUGUUUAAAGACCUGACAUGGUUCCUGGUGACACAUUUAGCAUUAUACGUAGUUUGUCUCUAAGAUGGAAAACAAAACAGGGGGGCUGCAGUUCUAUCAGCAUACUGCACUGAUUACAUGGAAGCAGUUCAUGAAGGAGAAAAAAGACAUAGAUUAUCCAGUAAUUUCAAUACAUCUGGUACUGUAAUCAUGUGUAUUUAAUACUGUAUAGUACUUCAUCUUGCAGCUUUGGCUGAUCUGAUUAAUAAGCCACUUUAAGAGUGUCUUCUUCUAAGCACAAAAUCUUAUGGGGAAAUAAGUCAAAACUCUGGGAAAACUCUGCUAGUAUUUGAUUGUCAUUGCCUUGUUCACUUGAAGCAGCAUGUGUCCAAAUAUAUUUCAGAAUUUAAAAAAAAAGAAUUUUAUUCUCAUUAAAAAAAUUUAUUACA